AUCAAAAGUUUGAUUCUAAAAAUCAUAUUUGUUGAAUUGCAUUAUGGGAACAAAUUGGCUUCCUAAAGCCAGGAAAGCUGUUGGUGAUGAUCAUUAGACAACAAAAUCCCAGAGCAGCAUGGAUUUCUGCCUUUCUUUAUAAAAGCUUUAUCCAUCUGUGAGAUAUGGUGGUAUUGUGGUGUGGGCCAGUUUUACAUUAUACUAAGAAUGUAGAGAAUCUGUGUAAAAGGCGUUAAUAUUAUAAUAUAGUAGCAGGUAACGUGUAGGACUGACCAAGACAAAGAGAUGUUCCACCCUGAAAAAAUAAAAAAGGAUCAAAUGUGGUGAAACUGUGAAGCUUAGGAAAGGGAAACAACUGAAUUUAAAACAUGGAGAACAGAUGUUUUAGGUAAUGUCUGAGGCAAAUGCAUGAAAAAAAUAUGAUAGUACUUACAAACGAUUAAUGAGAGCAACUUUUUUUUUUAUCCCAUCUAUACCUUAACAGUAGAUCUCGAAAUCCUCAUUUAAAUCACAUAACAUUUUAUUUUGAGUGAUUCAUGAGUAAGGAGACAGAACCUGUGAAGCUCAUGUUCUGCUAAAAUGUUAUCCAAAUGAAUUUACAAAAAGCAAGUCGUGAUUUUCAGGAAUUCAUUAAAAAGCUAUUAGAAAUCCUAAUCUGACCAAACUGAAAGAGACAAAUCGUAUUAAAUAAAAAGUGAGCUUGUAGUACAUUAUCCCAACUUUAUCAGCCCUGCCUGGCCUGCAAAGACGAAAACUACCAACGAAUUUGGCUGCAGAGAUAAACCUCCCAUAAUGGCAGCGAUAACACGGGGUUUCCCAUACACUCUGAAGCCAGCUGUUGUGUGUAGGAUCACAUUCCUCUGAUGUUCAAAGGACGACGCGAUGCUUCUCAUCAACAAAAUGACAAACAAAUGGUCCUGCCGACUUGCACUCGCUCAACUAAGACCUGUACGCUCAAGGGCACAGGCGCAAAUCCAGUUUCUCAAGGUCUUCCCUGUAUUGUUUACCAUUUUCCAAAGAUGUUGUGGCUUUUGUUUUACCCUGACCUGGCUCGUCACCAGCUCAAAGAGCUUAUAAAGAGAAAGCUCAGACAGCUUUCAUCAUUUUACACUGGUUGGGCUUGAGGAGCUACGUCGACAUCGUUUCAUACCCUCCGUCUUAUGGAUUCGAUCUCUUCCUGUGGUGGGACCAUGUCUACUGUGGAUAUGGAUGGUGCGGUGACAGACCUGGUGUCCAUUUCCUUAAAUGCCACAGCACACCUGUCACCUGGCAUCCCGAUAGCAACAAGAACCCUCAUUCUUCUCAUUUGUCUGCUGGUGGUGGCUUGGAGUCACACGGAGAAAAACACGGUUCCAGGCCCUUCGUUCUGCCUGGGUUUUGGUCCACAUUUAUCAUACUUGAGAUUUAUCUGGACUGGGAUUGGCACAGCCAGCAACUACUAUAACAAGAAGUACGGAGACAUUGUCAGAGUUUGGAUCAACGGAGAGGAGACCCUUAUACUCAGCAGGGCCUCAGCAGUUAAUCAUGUUCUGAAGAAUGGAAAGUACACCUCCCGUUUUGGGAGCAAACCAGGACUCAGCUGCCUCGGCAUGAAUGAAAGAGGCAUCAUCUUCAACAACAACGUAGCCCUGUGGAAAAAGAUACGCACCUAUUUUGCCAAAGCCCUGACAGGUCCCAAUCUGCAGCAGACCGUGGAGGUUUGCGUGUCCUCCACGCAGUCCCACCUGGACAACCUGGACAGCUUGGCUCACGUGGACGUCCUCAGUUUGCUGCGCUGCACUGUGGUUGACAUCUCCAACAGGCUCUUCCUGGAUGUCCCACUCAACGAGAAAGAGCUGCUGCUGAAGAUUCACAGGUAUUUCGAAACGUGGCAGACGGUGCUGAUCAAACCUGACAUCUACUUCAAGUUUGGCUGGAUUCACCAAAGACACAAGACAGCAGCCCAGGAGCUUCAGGAUGCCAUAGAAAGCCUCGUGGAACAAAAGAGGAGAGAAAUGGAGCAGGCAGAUAAGCUGGACAUCAACUUCACGGCAGACCUCAUAUUUGCACAAAACCACGGAGAGCUGUCGGCUGAGAACGUGAGGCAAUGCGUGCUGGAGAUGGUGAUUGCUGCUCCGGACACUUUGUCCAUCAGCCUCUUCUUCAUGCUGCUGCUGCUCAAACAGACCCCCCACGUGGAGCUGCAGCUGCUGCAGGAGAUAGACACUGUCAUAGGCGACAGACAGAUGCAGAAUGGGGACCUUCAGAAGCUGCAGGUGCUGGAGAGUUUCAUCAACGAGUGCCUGCGCUUCCACCCGGUGGUGGACUUCACCAUGCGGCGAGCCCUGUCGGAUGACGUCAUCGAAGGUUACCGGGUGCCAAAGGGCACAAAUAUCAUCCUGAACACGGGCCGCAUGCACCGGACAGAGUUCUUCCACAAGGCGGACGAAUUUAGUCUGGAGAACUUCCAGAAAAAUACUCCCCGCCGUUACUUCCAGCCGUUCGGCUCGGGCCCUCGCGCCUGCGUUGGCAAGCACAUCGCCAUGGUGAUGAUGAAAUCCAUCCUGGCGACUCUGCUCUCCCAGUACUCCGUCUGCCCCCACGAGGGCCUGACCCUGGACUGCCUCCCACAGACCAACAACCUUUCCCAGCAGCCUGUGGAGCAUCAGGAGGAGGCCGAGCAGCUCAGCAUGAGAUUCUUACCCCGACAGAGAGGAAGCUGGCAAACGCCUUAGACGCACCAACAAUGUUCACAUAAUGUUGUAUGGAUACGCCCUCCAUCACUACAUCUGUUUAUCGUCUUGUGAUUGUACAAAGCACUGCUGUUUCAUUUUACGAGUCAUAUAUUUUGUGUUUAUACUCAUGUUGUUAUGAACUAUGUACAAUGUAAGUGUCUAUAUGCUAACUUUGAAGUAAAUGUAAAUUAUUAUGUUAA